ACCGCUUUCCUGUUCCGGAGCCGGGGCGCUGCGGGCAGCGUUUGCCUCGGCGGCGGCGAGGGCGCCAGUUCAUCAGAAGCUGUCUACUUUCUCUCAGCAAGAGCUACAUCUUUUGCUGCAGUGGCACCGGAAUGCAGCUGAGAGUAGUGCUCUGAGCAGUCCAGAUUGGCCAUGUUGCACUAUCGCAGGUGAGCCAUGUCUUUCCAUUCUGGGCGAGGAUGUCCCCGUGGCCAGGGGGGACCAGGAGCAAGAACUUCGUCACAGACCUACCGCCCUCAGAACCUCCGUCAGCUUCACCCACAGCAGCCCUCUGUACAGUACCAGUAUGAGCAGCAAACUGCCCCUCCAACAACCUAUUCCAACCCUCCAACCACCGGUUACAUGCCUCCCAGGCCAGACUUUGUGCCCUAUCCUCCUCCAGUGCCCCCUUCCACACAAAAUCCCAUCAGCCAGUGUCCCAUGAGGCCGCCAUUUCCAAACCACCAGAUGAGGCAGAGCUUCCCAGUACCUCCAUGUUUCCCUCCCACUCCUCCACCAGUGCCAAAUCCUAGCAACACUCCCGUGCCAGGAACACCUGCUGGACAAAGCACCUUCCCUUACAUGAUGCCUCCCCCCACAGUACCGCACCCUCCCCCCCCGCCAGUCAUGCCCCAGCAGGUCAGCUACCAGCCUGUGUACUCUGCAGGGUACUCGCAGCAGUCGUUCCCGCCGCCCAGCUUCAGCAGCUACCAGCACACCUCCGGCUCCUUCCCGAGCAGCACUGCCAGCAGCAGUGCCAGCAGCAGCCACUUCCGGCACACGGGGCAGUACCAGGGAGAGAAGUCCCAAAGCGAUCGGCGGUCCCCAGACAGGAGCAAGCACUAUGAUGAGCACCGGCACCGCGAGCAUGGUCACAUGCAUGGCGACAGGCAUCGCUCCACUAACCACGGGGAUCGUCGGGAGCGUGGCCGCAGUCCGGAUAGAAGGAGGCAGGAAAGCAGUCGGCACCGGACAGAUUAUGACAGAGGAAGGAUAUCGCCUCAUCACAGAAGUUACGAGCGAAACAGGGAACGGGAGAGGGAGAGGCAUAGGCACCGUGACAGCAGAAGAUCACCAUCACCAGACAGAUCCUACAAAAAGGAUUACAAGAGAGCAGGAAGCCGGUCUCCAAGCAGAGAAAGAAAGAGAACCCGAUGGGAGGAGGACAGAGAAAGGUGGUCUGAGAACCAGAACUCCAGCAAAGAGAAAAAUUAUACUGCUGUCAAAGACAAAGAAUCAGAAGAGAAUGCAUCUGAAAAAAAUGAAGAGGAAGAUGAGGAAUUGCUUAAGCCAGUCUGGGUUCGCUGUACCCAUUCUGAAAGCUAUUAUUCCAAUGACCCCAUGGAUCAAGUGGGGGAUUCUACUGUGGUAGGAACAAGCAAGCUCCGAGAUCUGUAUGAAAAGUUUGAUGAGGAGUUAGGAAAGCGACAGGCAAAGGCCAAAGCAGCCAGGCCUCCAUGGGAGCCACCGAAAACCAAGCUGGAUGAAGAUUUAGAGAGCUCCAGUGAGUCAGAGUGUGACUCUGAAGAUGACAGCAGCUGCUCCAGCAGUUCAGAUUCAGAUGUUAUUGACGUCAUUGCAGAAAUUAAGCGUAAAAAAGCACACCCUGAUCGUCUUCAUGAAGAACUGUGGUACAAUGAUCCAGGACAGAUGAAUGAUGGACCUUUGUGCAAGUGCAGUGCUAAAGCCCGGCGAACGGGAAUAAGACAUGGCAUUUAUCCUGGCGAAGAGCCCAUUAAACCAUGUCGCCCCAUGACCAACAAUGCUGGAAGACUGUACCACUAUCGAAUUACUGUGUCACCUCCCACAAAUUUCUUAACAGACAGACCUACUGUUAUUGAGUAUGAUGACCAUGAAUAUAUCUUUGAAGGGUUCUCCAUGUUUGCACAUGCCCCACUAACAAAUAUUCCUCUAUGCAAAGUAAUCAGGUUUAACAUUGACUAUACCAUUCAUUUCAUUGAGGAGAUGAUGCCUGAGAAUUUUUGUGUGAGAGGCCUUGAGCUGUUUUCUUCAUAUCUAUUCAAAGAUAUUUUGGAGUUGUAUGACUGGAAUCUUAAAGGUCCUUCACUUGAAAAUGAUUCUGUUUCCUGUCCCAGAUAUCACUUCAUGCCGCGGUUUGUGAGAUUUCUUCCAGAUGGAGGAAAAGAAGUACUCUCAAUGCAUCAGAUUCUUCUCUACUUGUUACGAUGCAGUAAAGCUUUGGUGCCUGAAGAGGAGAUUGCCAACAUGCUUCAGUGGGAAGAACUGGAAUGGCAGAAAUAUGCAGAAGAAUGCAAAGGGAUGAUUGUUACCAGCCCUGGCAUGAAACCAAGCUCAGUUCGUAUUGAUCAACUGGACCGCGAACAAUUCAAUCCUGAUGUAAUUACUUUCCCUAUUAUUGUGCACUUUGGGAUACGACCUGCUCAACUCAGUUAUGCUGGAGAUCCUCAGUACCAAAAGCUGUGGAAGAGUUACGUGAAGCUGCGUCACCUGCUGGCUAAUAGUCCCAAAGUCAAACAGGCUGAUAAACAGAAAUUAUCACAAAGAGAGGAAGCACUGCAGAAAAUUCGUCAGAAGAACACAAUGAGGCGUGAAGUGACAGUGGAGUUGAGCAGCCAGGGGUUCUGGAAAACGGGGAUACGCUCUGACGUCUGCCAGCACGCAAUGAUGCUUCCUGUCCUCACCCACCAUGUCCGCUACCAUCAGUGUCUGAUGCACUUGGACAAGUUGAUAGGCUACACUUUUCGAGAUAGGUGCUUGCUGCAGCUUGCCAUGACUCACCCAAGCCAUCAUCUAAAUUUUGGGAUGAAUCCGGAUCAUGCCAGAAAUUCCUUAUCCAACUGUGGGAUUCGACAGCCCAAGUAUGGAGAUAGAAAAGUCCACCAUAUACACAUGAGAAAGAAAGGGAUAAACACCCUGAUAAAUAUUAUGUCCCGUUUGGGACAGGAUGAUCCAGCUCCUUCCAGGAUUAACCACAAUGAGCGUUUAGAAUUUCUGGGAGAUGCUGUGGUGGAGUUCUUAACAAGUGUCCACUUAUACUACCUGUUUCCCACUCUGGAGGAAGGAGGAUUAGCUACGUACCGCACUGCCAUCGUACAGAACCAACACCUGGCCAUGCUGGCUAAGAAGCUGGAACUAGAACGAUUCAUGCUUUAUGCUCAUGGUCCAGACCUUUGCAGGGAGUCAGAUCUCCGUCAUGCCAUGGCCAACUGCUUUGAAGCCCUCAUAGGAGCUGUUUAUCUAGAGGGAAGCCUAGAAGAAGCAAAACAAUUAUUUGGACGUUUGCUCUUCAAUGAAAAGGACCUGCGGGAUGUAUGGCUUAAUUAUCCACUACAUCCACUCCAACUGCAGGAGUCCAAUACUGACAGGCAACUCAUUGAGACCUCUCCAGUUCUUCAAAAGCUUACGGAGUUUGAGGAGGCAAUUGGAGUCAUCUUUACUCAUGUUCGGCUUCUAGCACGUGCGUUCACUCUGAGAACAGUGGGCUUUAACCAUUUGACUCUAGGCCACAACCAGAGGAUGGAAUUCCUAGGUGACUCCAUAAUGCAGUUGGUAGCCACAGAGUAUUUAUUCAUACAUUUCCCCGAUCAUCAUGAGGGGCACUUAACGCUGUUGAGAAGUUCUUUGGUGAACAACAGGACACAGGCCAAGGUGGCAGAAGAGCUGGGUAUGCAAGAGUUUGCCAUCACUAAUGACAAGACUAAAAGACCUGUAACUCUUCGAACUAAGACUUUGGCUGAUCUCUUGGAAUCCUUUAUUGCUGCCCUGUACAUUGAUAAAGAUUUGGAAUACGUUCACACGUUCAUGAAUGUUUGCUUUUUUCCACGGCUAAAGGAGUUUAUUUUAAAUCAAGAUUGGAAUGAUCCUAAAUCUCAGCUUCAGCAGUGCUGCUUGACUCUCAGGACAGAAGGAAAAGAGCCGGACAUUCCUCUUUACAAGACCUUGCAGACAGUGGGACCUUCUCAUGCCAGGACAUACACAGUAGCUGUUUACUUCAAAGGGGAAAGAAUAGGAUGUGGUAAAGGGCCAAGUAUUCAGCAAGCAGAAAUGGGAGCUGCAAUGGACGCACUUGAAAAAUAUAACUUUCCCCAGAUGGCCCAUCAGAAACGGUUCAUUGAACGGAAGUACAGACAGGAGUUGAAAGAAUUGAGGUGGGAAAGAGAGCAUCAAGAGAGAGAGCCAGAGGAGACUGAAGAAGCAAGGAAAUAAAAGGAGGGCACAGAAGCAGUGGCAUAUUUACUUACUUAAUAACUCUGACUGUGGCCUAUGGAGACCUAACCUAGUUUCUUGCAGAUGAUGAAUGAAGAGUGCCUGUUGAUAUCAAAAAGAAAAUUGUAAUCUCUUCUUUAAAAGCGUGUGCAAAUAUAGUAUUUCUUUAGUUUGGUUUUAAGUUUGGCUUUUAAAUAAGAUUUGGAUUUAAAUACUUUUAAUUUUUAUGAAAAGUUGUUGAUUAUUUUUAUUAUUUUUACUGUCUUGUAUGAAGUAAUAAAGUAUUCAUUUCAAAAGCUAAUAGGAGGAAAAGCUCUUUAACAAUUGUCUCCUGUGUCUAAGUGCUGUGUUGUCAGUGACCAGCAAAGUUACUGCAUGAGCUCUGCUGUGGAGGAGGAAGGUGUUAUGAGAAACUGAUUCAGCUGAGCACUUAAGCAUGUACCUAACUUAAGUUUUGCAGCUAAAUUUACUACUUUUUGAAUUUGCUAAACCAGAGUUAUAAAGUUUGGGCCCUUUUUUACAGAAAAUGGUACAGUAAUUUAAAGGAGAUACUCAGUUUUGCUUUGAACAGUGGAUGCCAUAUCUGAAGUGACACAGAUGUGUGUGGAAGAUUGAGGAGUUUUGUUUUUAAAUCACUGUUACAAGACUUGAAGAAAAAGGUACUUAUGAAGCAAGAGAAUGGCAGUUUCUUUUUGCAGAGAAUGUACAUGUAGUUUACAUUAACAAGUUCAGUUUCUUUCUCAACUUCUUGUUCUAUCAGGCUGGUGUCUAAUGGAUUUCUUCCACAAGAAGAUACCAGUGUGGCCAUUACUGUGAAGUGGUGUGUUAGAAACUCUAUGUGGGUGCUGCUCCGGAGAGGUUCAUUGAGAACAGUUUUUGUCAAAACAAGGGCAGUUUGUCCCCAAAGUAUAGUUCAAAGGUUGUGUACAGUUUCAAGUCACCCAGUUUCCUUGAUUUUUUUUUAUGUCUGUGGCUUGUAUUAGAAGGAUGUUUCUUCUGAACAGCACCAGAAAUGGAAAAUCCACUGUCUGUUGGUAUUUUUUCCCACUGGUUACCAACACUGUUUGUUCUUUUAAUUUUGCUGCUUCUAGCCAUUUGUCCCCAUUAAGCUGGGUUCUCAGUACAGUCCCGUGGUAGGUAAUUGUGUAGUCAUUUUUUGUCUUUCUUUUCUGAUAAGCAGAACAGAUUGAACCCUUAUUCUCCUUAGCUGCACAUUUUCUUCCUUAAAGGAGAAAAGAUCCUUUUUGGCCAGUCAUUUUUGCAUUUUCUGAUGUACCAUGGUUGUCUGUAUUAAAAUACAGGGCAGAUUUGUGAAGAUGGAUUUGUGCACAAGUCUGGCCCAAGGAAUUCAUGCAGAUUCAUGGAAGAAAACUUUUGCCCAACGGCCACACUACCCUGAGCAGCUGCUUCAGCGAUUGUCUGAAGCGCCUCUCUGUAGGUGUGUGAUGGACAUCAAGGAAAGCACUUUAUUGCAGGUGCCAAAGUAGACACAAAUGAAGCUGAAACAUUCAGGCUACCCAAAUGUCUUCCCAAAGUUUCACUUCUGACCUAAUCAGUAUGUGUAUUUUCAGAAGCAUACUUUUCUACACUUGCAAUGUGAGAUGCACUUAAAUACGGGGGUUUUUUUUACACUUGAGCCCACAACACUACCUCACUUCUUCCAACUUCUAUGAUUUGCCUUUUCUUAAUGGAUUGAUGCUUUAAAUCCAUUUUGGAGGAUGAGAGAAAAGAAAAACACAAACACAUUCUGUAAUUUAGAGAGUGAUAAUAAACCAUUAGAACAUAAAGGAGGGAAUAAAAACAAGGUAAAGGCAGGGAGCUGCUCUCUGCUGAAUGCUGCUGCCAUUUGACUUUUGAGAAGUCAUUGUAGCUUCUUAUAGCUUCAGUCUGUAAAUAAAAAGCUGAAAUGCUUCUCAAGAGUAGGAAGCUUGAAAAGCACCAGCAACUCCCCUGUCCACAAGUCUUUUGUAUUUCAAAUUCUUUUGUAUAGUUGCCCAUCUGCUUCUAACAGUAUGAUGAAAUGGUUCAGUGGUGGAGGGUUAAGUGUAACUGUGUAAACCAUUAUUUUAUUUUUCCCUCUUAACUGUGACCAGUUUCAUAUGUUUAACGAAUAGAAAAUGACUUCAUUUUCAGGUGUAUGAUUGCUUAGCAAAUUGCUCUCAGCAUAUCUGACAUCACCAAAGUACCCCAGUGGAACUGUUAGCUCAUAGUUUAACAUUACUUUCAUUAUUCCUAUGUACAAUUUCACUUUUCAGCUGUAAGAAGACUGCAAUCUUAUUCAUAAAUAUUUUCAUAAAAACUAGAUUGAAUUUAUCAGAUAGGCUGUUUCGGGGGAGGAACCCAGAUCGGUUCUUUUUUUUUCUUCUUUGACCCAGAAAUUGCUUGGGAAAUACCAAACUUUUAAAACAAUUUCUGCAUUCCAGUUACUGCAGUUAAUGAAUUUUAGGCUUUUUACAAGAAAAUGUAGAUGAUAACUGUGUUUUCAAAAGUGGGCUAUUUUCCCUUUUUUCACUGUGUAAGUGUGGGCUAGGAAGAUUGCCUGAAGCAAUUUUGUUUUCCUUGUCUUGACAACAAAAAACAAAAGGUAAAAAAUACUCUGCUUCCUUUGUUCAAACCACAGUGUCUUUCUGUGUACGGGCUGUCUAAAAGCAGUGGCUGUGAAUGUUCCUGUUAAUUUCAGGAGUUGUGGGGAAUGUGAAAUGUGAGCACAGUCCUUUAGAACAGACACCAAGGAGGGGAAGCCUCUCUAAGUUGCCUUUGGUAAAAAUUAUCAUUGCACUCAUGCUGAUCAGUGGAACAGCUGGAGCUUAUAACCAGGCAGCUUGUGCUGCUUUUUAGUAAGUGUGCGGGGGUCUCUGGUUUACUGAUAAAGUCAGUCCUUUUUUUGCUUCAAAGCCUGAUCUGUUCUCUGAUCCAGAGGUUCUCUUGGAAGAUCCAUUGACUUGAAUUGGGUACAAGUAGAUGAAUGGACAACAGGGCUGAGAUCUGCGUGAAUCCAGCAGAUCCUGUGAAUAUUUUAAUGUGACUGUGUACAGAGCAUUGAAUAGAAUUGUAGCUGAUUUGAUUGGGGAUUUUAGUUGAAUUUACAUAAAACUGAUGAUGUGAUUUGUAGACCCUAAGUUUGCUUUGUAAGGUUUCAGUUUCUGGAGGAUUAUUUAACAGCAGUACUAAGAGAACCUUGGUCUCUAAGAUUGUUGUAAACAUCGUUGCUAAUAAAGUUUCCCAGAAAAGA